CCUCCCCGGCGGUGCCGGCGGGGCUGGGCCGGGCGGGGCUGGGCCUGGCUGGGCGGCCGCCAUCGCCAGGGAGCCGGCAUGGGACUCGGGGGCUGGUGGCGGGCGGCGCGGGCCCUGCGGGCGGCAGCGCCCGGCCUCACCUGCCGCCGCCUCUGCGCCGCCGCGGCGCCGAACCUCUCCUACCAGGAGCUCAAAGACCUGAAGAAGGCCAACGUGCUUCACAUUGACGUGCGGGAGAGGUGGGAGAUUGACAGGUUUGGGAAAAUCCCGGAGUCCAUCAACAUACCGCUGGGUGAAUUAAUGGAAGCUCUACAAAUGGACCCAAUGGAGUUCAAGGAGCAGUAUAAUCAAAAAAUGCCAUCCAAGUCAGACCCUGUGGUUUUCUCCUGUUUGGCAGGAACAAGAAGUAAACAAGCACUUGGUUUUGCCAUGUCCUUGGGUUUCAGCAGAGUUCAGCAGUAUGCUGGUGGCUUUGACGACUGGGUAAAACAUGAACCUCCAGAAAAGAAAUGAAGAUGACAGCCCCACCCCUUACCCAAUCAAGGCUUCAGGAUGGUUUGGAGGUUUUAGCAAGCCGCAUGCGUUCCGCUUCCAUAAUAAAGCUCACUACUGGCUUCUUGUGUAAAUGGACAUUCAACUUCCAACAGCCAUGCAUAGCAACUGCUUGGUUUAAUUAUACCCAAAGACUAUGACACAAACAGAGGACAUUAAAUUUGCUCAACCUUUCAACCUUUACUUUGGGUUACAGUUUUGGUGAAUGCAUGUGAAGAGAACCUAAGUGCAGAUUAUGUUUACUUUUUUGUAUAAUGUAGUUUAUGACUGCUUAAACUAAUGAUGAUAGGACAAAUAAAAUUAUUAUUUCUCAAA